CCAAGCCCAUGGGUUUCCUGAGAAGCAGCUGAGACAUCAGAGCUGGGCCCUGCGUGAGAGGAACUGACAGUGGCCAGCUCCCAGUGUUCUCGCUGGCUGUGUGCUGAUGUGAGGUUUUCCUGAGAAGAUGCGAAGCAUUGCCCUUACCUAUGGGGCAGUGAGAGUUGAGAACCUCCCUUCAGAGGCAGGGAGGAGAGGAAAUAAAGGCCUCCCUCAAAACCUCUUCUAGCUCAAGCUGCCAAAUGGCUCUGGGACUCUGGGACUCGGGUUGGUCCCAGGAAGUGGAGUCAGCAACUCUGAGGAAGGGACUGGGCACCGAGUGUUUGGGUGGAAUGCCAGCUCCUCAAAAGAAUGCUUCUUUGUCCUCGUGCCAUCCGUGCCAAAGCAAAACACAUUUAUCAGCAGUCGAAAACUGCAAGGGAGAGUCCAUAGAGUUUAAGCAACAGAAAGGGGCCAGGAGAAAUUGAUUGUUCGUGAUAAUCAUUACUAAUUUAAGGAGUUUGAAAUGUUUUGCUAGUCUCUUCCCUGAGGGAGCAGGUUUUACUAUUUUACUUCACAAAGCAUAAGUGUGUGCAAGGGCUUAGUCCUCAGGGGCUUAUUUUCCAUCUACUUUUGUGACUAUAGCGCUUCUUGCCCUACAACCGCACCCUCCCAAUGGCAGUUUUCAGGACUUAACCCCCGCGAAUGCAGUGUUGGUGGAAAAGUGGCUCAGGUGCUUGGCAUUUGAGCAGCUCCUCCUGACAGGACAUAAAUAGUGGGUUCCAGGUACUGUGUGAUGGAUGGACAAAACGGUGGGUACAAUCUAAACAUCAGUCAGAUUACGGCCAAUUCCAGCUAGCCUCGGGAAAAUUUUAUCAAGAUAAAGAGAGAGAUAAAGGUCUCCAGACCACAGAAGAUGCCAAGUUCUACGCCCUUUCCACCAGGUUUAAGCCAUUCAGCAAUGAGAAUGAGACCUUGGUGGUUCAGUUUUCAGUAAAACACGAGCAAGGCAUCGAUUGCGGCGGUGGCUACGUGAAACUCUUUCCUGCCGCACUGAACCAGGAGGACAUGCACUCAGAAUCCCAGUAUUACAUCAUGUUCGGCCCGGACAUCUGUGGCUUUGGCAACAACAGACUACAGGUCAUCCUUUCUCACAAAGGGAAAUACCAUGAGAACAACAAGACCCUCAAGUGCAGGGACUGGGAGGACUCUGAAUUCAUCCCAGACCCGGAUGCCAAGAAGCCAGAUGACUGGAAUGAGGCGAUGGAUGGAGUGUGGGAAGGGCCCUUGAUACCAAACGUCAAGUACAUGGGAGAAUGGAAACCUCGGAUCAUUGACAACCCCAAUUACCAGGGCGAGUGGAUUCACCCAGAGAUAGACAACCCCAAAUACAGGCCUGACCCCACCAUUGGUCACUAUCACAACAUUAGUGUCCUUGGUCUGGAUCUUUGGCAGGUGAAAUCAGGCAGCAUCUUUGACAAUUUCCUUCUAACAAAUGAUGAAGAGUUUGCUGAAGAGGUUGGAAAUAUGACCUGGGGAUUAAGAAAGGAUGUGGAGCAGCAGUGGAGAGAGCUGUAUGAGGAAAUGGAGAAACAGAAGGAGGCGGAGGAGACCAAGAAGAAGAGGGAAAAGGAGAGAGCCAGGCAAGAGGACGUCUGGGGACUAGAUGAGGAGGAUGAGGAGGACGCUGAAGAGGACGACGAGGAGGAAGCAGAGGAAAGGCUCAAGCAGGAAGGCAGUGCAGCGAGGGCGUCUCUGGACCAGAAGGAAGCCCACUUGGAUCAGAAGGAUGAACUGUAACUGCACAGACACUGGGUGUGGCCGAAGUCAGAGACGGUGCUUAGAGAGGGAAAUGGGCCCUCGCUUAGCAAAUUAUGGGAAGUAAAACGACUCAUUCUUUUUAGAUAAACUUUGGAUUUAUAGUUCUACUCCCCUUCCCUGCUCUAUUUGCUCAUUGGUAGAAAGGGAAUGAUAAUUUUAUCUCAUGAAAUGGCCCUUGGGACUGAAUGAGGCAAUGCCUGUAACAUGCCCAAAGUAAAUACUUGUAAAAAAAAUGUAGUAGUUAAAACUACUAUCAUUAUCAUGGUGUUUAUGAAAUUAAUUGUUGGUAAAUAAGCUUCUAUAUAAACUUGGUUCUUACUUUCAACUGGGGUUUUUCUUUUGUUUAAAUAUAUGCAAUUCUUAGUAUUUAUGGAGCAGUGCUAACAGUUGAACCCAAUGUUUCCUUUUUUUUUUUUUUUUUUAAAUGUAUUGAGCACCUAAAGCCAAAAGCAGAACAUCCUUUGGACGUUUGGAAAAAUACUUCAUGAAAGUCACCUUGUUUGCCUGCUGCUCUUGCCUUAUGUUUAAACAAUUGUUACUUGUUUGCAAGUUUGCUUGUCUUAUUUCUAUCUUUUUUGUUCCACCGGCUCACAGCAUCAUUAUCUCUUGAGUUCUUGUAGUUCUUUAUAGAUUAGAAAGCAUUUUCCCACAAAUUCGCAGUGUGCCUACAAUGCAUCUAUUCAGUCUUACAGAGGUCACUGCAGAGAUCAUUGCUAUCUUCAUGUUGCAGACACAGAAACUUGUUCAGGGUCAGUCAGUAAGGGGCGGGCCAGGAUCUGAUCUCAGGUUCAUCUGGCUGAAAAGCUUAGCCUUCUACUGCACCAGGCGAUUUGAAUGAAUAUCUAUUAGUACGAAAUACAGACAGAAAGUAACCUGUCACAUGGAAGAAAUGUCCUUAUAUCCUUUUGUUUUGUUUUUGUUUUAAUCCAACAUUUAAGGAACCAGUAAACGACAGGG